CCCGGUAGUAGCUCUUCUCCGCCAGAAGUUUUCCCUACCUGGCAGCCCGGGGUGCUCAGCGCCAGUCUGCGGAACGCGGGCACUGCCCGAGUGACAGCGCCGGAGCAUGGCCUUGCACCUGGGCAGGCUGAGCGCGGGCUCCUGCUGGCGAGCGGCGCGGGGCUGCUGCGGAGAGCUGCGCGCUUGGUCCCCGCGCUGCGCGGCCGGACGCAUCUGCCGGCCCCCUGGAACGGCUGGCGCCGGGCGGUGCCGCGGGCUGGGGCACCGCGCGACGGAGGGAGGUGGCCCCCGGCUGGGGACCAGUCUGACCGCGGCGCUGGCGGGGCUGGCGGGGCUGGCCGCCGCCGCCUUCGGGCACGUGGAGCGGGCGGGGAUGGUGCCUAAGAGCUCGGGGGCGCGGAGCCCCUCGCCCGGGAGGUCGGAGGAAGAGGACGCGUUGGCUCGCCGCUGCAGCUGCUUCAUGGCCAUGCCUGUGACGGACCUGCGCGAGUUGCGGCGGAGGCCGGGCGACAUGAAGACCAAGAUGGAGUUGCUGAUUCUGGAGACCCAGGCCCAGGUGUGCCAGGCGCUGGCACAGGUAGACGGGGGCGCCCGCUUCUCUGUGGACCGGUGGGAGAGGAAGGAAGGCGGUGGUGGCAUCAGCUGUGUACUUCAAGACGGUCAUGUUUUUGAAAAGGCUGGGGUGAGCAUUUCUGUUGUCCAUGGAAAUCUUUCUGAGGAAGCAGCAAAACAAAUGAGAAGCAGGGGGAAAAUUCUGAAGACUAAAGAUGGUAAAUUGCCCUUUUCUGCUAUGGGUGUGAGUUCUGUUAUCCACCCCAAAAAUCCUCAUGCUCCUACUAUCCAUUUCAACUACAGAUAUUUUGAAGUAGAAGAAGCUGAUGGUGACAAGCAUUGGUGGUUUGGUGGUGGCUGUGAUCUCACUCCAACUUACUUGAACCAGGAGGAUGCAGUCCAUUUUCACAGAACUCUCAAGGAGGCUUGUGAUCAGCAUGGUCCAGAUCUCUACCCCAAAUUUAAAAAAUGGUGUGACGAUUACUUUUUUAUAGCCCAUCGUGGGGAGCGGCGGGGCAUUGGGGGUAUCUUUUUUGAUGACCUUGACUCUCCAUCCAAGGAGGAGGUGUUUCGUUUUGUGCAGAGCUGUGCCCAGGCUGUGGUUCCCUCCUAUAUCCCCCUUGUGCAAAAGCACUGUGACGAUUCGUUCACCCCCCAGGAGAAGCUGUGGCAGCAGCUCCGGAGAGGACGAUAUGUAGAAUUUAACCUGCUGUACGAUCGGGGUACAAAGUUUGGCCUCUUCACUCCAGGAUCCAGGAUUGAAAGCAUCUUGAUGUCUUUACCUCUAACCGCUCGAUGGGAGUACAUGCAUUCACCUCCAGAGAACUCCAAAGAAGCUGAGAUUCUGGAAGUUCUCCGUCAUCCAAGGGACUGGGUACAUUGAUGCAGGCAGACCAGCCUUCCUGGUGCUUGGGGGACAGGGAAGGUGUGCCCGCAUUCCAUUGGCCGGCACCAUUGCCACUGUGUGGCAGUUAGUUACCUGUGUCUUAGAGCUCUAGUCUUCUCCACUCUGUGGUUGGCCUCCUUGGCAGGUGGCAUAAUGCGUUUUAAGUUGGAACACAAGUUUCUGUUGGAUGCUGUUGGUGAUGGGUGACAGGUAUCAGUGACAGGUGAUGAAAUGGCAGCUAAUCAGAGUCAACUGGUUGACACAAAACUCAUUCGUACUUUUAGAACCAAUUUAUAUCACUAGUUUACAAAAUAUGACAUUGAGUUUCCAGGAAUUGACUUAAAGGAAUCUAAACGUUAUCAGGAAAUCUAUCAUGUUAUUUUCAUUUCAUCUGUUUUUUAAAGUUUUUGUUUCUUCCACAAAAAUGUAUCUUGGGAUAAAUUUUAUUUUCAUUACUUAAUUGGGGCUGAGACUUACUAAUAAUUUUAGACAGCAGAGAAAUGGAAAUAAAUGUUUUAGUUUGUCAUUACUGCAUUUACUUUGAUCCUUAUCUUCAUCUUCAUUUAGAGAUCAUAAUAUUGGAAAAUUGUCAUUUUUAUAAUGGUAGUUAUUUAGGAACACUUGAAAUUCUUUUAAUCUCUGCAUGUGUUACAAUUCAAUGAUUACCUGUAAUUGUAACUCUAAAGUGACAUCACUGUUAAACUUAAAUAAAGGAUAUCUAAGUUGUACUUUUCAUUUUAAUAGAGCUAUACUUUGUUAAUGUUGGGAUUCUCUCCACUUUUGAAUGUGAAAGCUUAUAACCUUGGCUUUUCUGAUUUAAAAUUUUCUAUUUCAGACAUUUCUAUAUGGAAGUUUAGACUAAGAACAAUCCUAGAGGCUGUGAAUUUAGGAAAUGUUUCUCAUUUGGUAAAUUAAAGCAGGAAUAACUAGUGUGAAAAGCAUGUAGGCAUUUUAUAACUAUAUUCCUUUGUAAGAUUGACAAAUUGAAAUUGUCCUCUUUUUAAAUUAGAGAUUCUGUAACUGCAUUAAGAGAAAGAUUGCAACAGAAUUCUUAACGUGGCCUUUUUGUUCACAUAAUAAUAUGAAUGUGAUUUAUUCAUGAUACAUUGAAAUUUAUGAGGAACAGUACCCCUCUUAUAUUAUUAUUAAGCAUUAUCUUGAAAUAUGUUGAAUGUAUGUAAUUGUGUGUAACUCUAGGGCUAGAAAAUAUGAGUUCUUCAAAUGUCUUACAACAGAUCCUCUGAUAACUUAUGAAAUAUCACUAAAAAAUGUUCAUAUUUAUUAUUUUCAGGGUAUUUGAUAUAGACAAGACAACUAUUUUUUAGCACAGACUGUAGUUCCUUAUUCCUAGGUAUUUUACCCAGGAAAAUAGAAGUUUUACACUUAAAUUUUCAUUGCAGCAAUAUAUUCUUAUGUUAAAAAACUGCACACCAGUGAAAAGAAACAACUAUUAAUAAACAUAACAGCAUGGAUGAAUAUCAAAAACAUGAUGCCAAGAGAGAGAAACCAGAUACAAAAAGCACUCAGUGUGUGACUACAUUAUAUGAAAACCUAGAAAAGCCAUAACUCCAACAAGAGAAAGCAGAUCAGUGGUUGCUCGGAGCUGGGCCUGAGGAAUUGAUUGUAAAAGGGAAGAAAAUAAUAUUUUGAGGUGAUAAAAAUGUUCUGUAUAUUGAUUAUGGUACUGCUUACCAGACUGAGUUUUCAAAACUCAUUGAAUUUGAUCCCUAAAGCCAUAGAAUUUUAUUGUGUAUAUGAUUUAUACUUCAAUAAAGCUGAUUAAAUGGAAAAAACCUA